AUGGGUUCCAUCGGUAUUCCGCUAAAGCUGCUGGGCGAGUCGCAGGGCCACGUCGUCACCCUCGAACUCACGUCCGGCCAGGUCUAUAGAGGGAAGCUGCUCGAAGCCGAAGAUAAUAUGAACGUUCAGUUAAAAGAUAUCACCGUCACUGCCCGUGAUGGUCGUGUAUCGCAUUUGGAUCAGGUCUAUAUUCGUGGAUCGCAUGUACGAUUCUUUAUCGUGCCGGAUAUGUUAAGAAAUGCCCCAAUGUUCCGAUCGAGAGCGGUUCGUGGACGUGGUGUCGGUAUGGCCAGAGGAAGGGCUACAGUUAAUAGGGCGAAGACACAGCAGAGACGGGGAGGUGGUGGUGGUGGUGGCGGCGGUGCAAACUAA